UUAGUCGCCACAACAACGAGGCCUCUGAUAAUUCCACUCUCAGUUAAUCAAUCUCCAUCUACAUUUCGUGCUCUUAUUUGUAUAAUUGUAUUCUUCCGCCUGAUUCUCACAUAACAAUUACCCGCCAUCUUUGGAUUCUUCCAUCUGCAUGGACUCCGAAGCAGCAGCAGCAGACUUUUCCAAAACCCUAACUACAAGGCACAAAUGUCCUGCAUGCUACAAACAAUAUAAGAAAAAGGGCCAUCUUGUCGAGCACAUGAAGAUCUCAAACCACUCAGUUCAUGAGCCUAGAUGUGGGGUGUGUCAAAAGCACUGCAAAUCUUUUGAAUCACUUAGGGAACAUAUUAUCGGUCCAUUGCCAAAAGCAAAUUGUUCAAAGAUUUUCUCUGAACAGGGCUGUGAUCUUUGCUUGAGAGUUUUUGAUAGCCCCAGGUCUCUCAGUGAGCAUAAGAGAAGCUGUUGUGUCUCUCCACCUACUCCAAUAGGAACAGUGAAAAUACUGUAUUCAGACUCAAAUUUUGUAAACCAAAAUUGCAAAGUUCCUGAAGCAAUUGCUAUAGAUUGUGAAAUGGUUGGUGGUGGAAGUGAUGGAUCACUUGACCUUUGUGCUAGCGUUUGCCUGAUUGACGAAGAUGAGAAUGUAAUUUUGCACACUUAUGUGCGUCCCCAAUUCCCAAUCACUAAUUAUAGAUUUGAAAUAACUGGGUUAACAGAAGAGCAUCUAAGAGAUGCCUUGCCACUUAAUGUAGUUCGAGAAAAGAUUUUGCAAAUUAUGUACAAUGCAGAGCCCACGGGAAGGGAAAGGUUGAACGGUGGAAAGGCUAGGCUUCUUGUUGGGCAUGCAUUAGAGCAUGAUUUGGAUUGCUUGGGAAUGACUUAUCCCGAUCAUCUGCUGAGGGAUUCGGCAAAAUACUACCCAUUGAUGAAAACAAAUCUAGUUAGCCACUCUCUCAAAUACCUCACCCGUACAUAUCUGGGGUACGAUAUCCAGGCUGGUGUUCAUGAUCCAUAUGAAGAUUGUGUGUCUGUGAUGCGGCUCUACAAGAGAAUGCGUAGCUUAAAUCAUCAGAAAGAUGGUAUUGAGAUAUCAACUACUGCUUACCAUUCCCAAAACACUACCAGCAACUAUGGUUCCUUUAAAGCCGAGGAACUUGAACAGAUGACUGCAGAUGAGCUUUAUGAGAUUUCACGACCAAACUAUAGGUGCUGGUGUCUGGACUCAAAGUGAAGCAAUGCCAGCCUUAACAAGUGAUUUCUUUCUUCAUCCAUAUGGCCUUAUAAUCUUCUCUGAGAAUGGAAGGUUAUAAUUUUGUAGCUGGCGUUGGACAGGCAAUAUAGUUUUAAAAAUACU